CAGCCAUCCUCAGCCAUCCCUUCUAUAGAACACCAUCUGGCCAUGAUCACAUACCUAUAACCGGCCAAUGCUGCGAUCAACUCUAUGACCUACGAAGCGAUAGCUGUUUACUCGUCCGCUUCAGUAUUCACUGUCCGAUUCCAGCUUCGCAUUGCCCCUUUUCACUAGGCGUUGCGGAGAUGGAGUUCGGCAUGUGUUCGAGACCUCAGAGAUUGAAACGAACUCAUCCAACUCGCUCUGUUCAUUGUAUCUUAUUCUUAUGUUAGCAGGUACUUGAUUAUAGGAAUUCUGUGUUUGUUGUACGGAAACGACUACUAAAUCGGAAUGAUUGAUACGAUUUACGAUAUGGACACUGGCGAAUAUGAGACUAAUACAUUAGUAAUUAAUAAUAUAUCCUCUGUUAACUUCGCCUUCUACGAUCCCGUCUCCCCAACCUUAACAUCCCUCGGUUCCUAUGCGCUCGAGCUCGAGACUGCGCUCCGGAAAGAUGGGUUCCUGGCAUAUUACGAUACGGUUCGACGGGGUGUAUGGUGCUUUUACUUGUUGCAGAAGAGCAGGCUGCAGGGAGGUCAAUCAGCAAUACCUACAUUCCCCAAGUUGAUUGGAAGUGCUGGGUUGAGCUUUUCCUUGACCGAGGAGGGCACCUUUGAAUCGGCGACACUCGUUAAGAGUCGUACACAUGGCCCAAAUACCGCCAACACUCCAGCAAGCUCCUCAUCCUCGACUGGAUCGGCUGCUCUAGAUUCGGCCUAUAGAAAUAUGCAGUCCGCUACUUUUUCGUCAGCUCAAUCGUUUUCCACUCCAAGCGAGCAGGAGUCCAGGACAGUCCCACCCAUGGACUCGAAAAUCGCUUCCUCGACGUCAACAAAAGAUGUCUACGAUAACUUUAUCUGCGCUACUCUCUCUGCGGUAUCUUCUAGCUUCUGUGCGAACACUGGGGCUAUCCCGCUAAGUUCCCGGACCCUGCUUCUUUCGAGCUCUUCUCAUGACGACUACGCUACUGCUCCUGCAACUCUCGCUUCCUUACGCGUAUAUCUCACAACAACUGGCAGCCUUGUCAUAUCUUUUUCGCUUUCUCUGGCGGAGGGUAUAACAAACCUGUCUGAAAACCUUGGAUAUCCUCUUCCGUCUCUUGGUGUUACUGUCUUAGCCGCGCCAUUAGGAAUGUUUGCUACUUGCCACCCCGUCAUUACGUCUGAUAAUGUAGCUACCGAAGGUAGUUUUGGCCAGUCCCCCGAUACUCAGAUUGUGAGGCUUAGGUCUGAAAGGGACGAUGGGCCAUGGCGGAAUAUUUGUUCUAAAUUCCUGCAGGCCCGUAACAUACCGUCUUCAUUUUGUGAAUCCCAAAGUUGGAUUACUCUUCAACGAAUACGAAGAAAGCCAACAGAGCAAAACGUAGAUGGGAAACGGACACCGCUAGUAGGUACUUCAAACAUAUCGUGGCCUGCCAGUUUGUGCUUUUGUAAGAUGUUUUCGCGACUAGGAAUUGGAGGCGAAGGAGAUGAUGUCUCGGGGUCUGAAUCCGACCGGAAUUAUGACACUCUGAGGGUCGCUAAGCAAUGGUUUUUAGACGCGGGGGGGCGGGAUGAGACACUCAUAAAAAACAAAAAGGAGAGAGACGCUGCAACGGCUCGUGAAGUUACACUAGGAGACGGUCAAAAUCAGCAUACCAGUGGUCUAUCUCCUUUGCCAUUACAGCGAUCUAAUAAUACUGGUGUACCGCCUGGUUUGUAUCCGACACCUCCAGACGGUAAUAUCCAAAAUAUUGUUGGUGCGACGCCGUCUAUGGACGGUACGGCUUCUAGUCCUGGAAAUAACGCGGCUACAUCUGCGUUAGACAUUGAUGGGACUCGUAAUGUGAGAUCAUACGGAGAUCAUUGGGAGAAUACGGACACGAAACGUGAGCGCAUAGGUGCUUCAUUUGAGUCAGAAAACCUCUUCGGCGAAUUGGGUCCCGAUAUGUUUGCAGACACCGAUAUCACCGAGGCUGAUUUUAAUUUCUUUGAUGAACAGCCUGGUGACAUGGGCCUAAGUUCCCUUGAUUUGCCUGGCAUCUCAAAUUCAGACUCAAAUUUAGGCCUUACCGUCGGCCUUCCGACGGUACAAGAGUCUCAAGCUAAGGGAGGACCUCCGGAUAUUCGCUUAGUUGAUGUCGCUUCGCCAACGUUCACGAAGCCUGAGCUAAGACAUGCACGGAGCUCGCUAGGAGAUGAAGCGCGACGCCAAGCUGGAUUAGACGUUAAUAGAUUUCAGUCUGCGGGCGUCAAACGGCCCGCUAGUCCAUUCAAUCCGGAUACCGUGUUCAAGAGAAUUAAAGCGUCUCUUGAUAACCACCAUGCAGUUCAGGAGAACUCUCGUAUAACAGCGUUUCCUCAUAACAGCAUUUUUGAUAAAGUGGAUUUUGGGCCCUGCUUAUCAGCAGUGAACAGUAAAUAUGAAGGAAGUGGGCGGUUCGACUACUCUGUCGAGCGAUCAGAAGAUGUCAAGUUUUCUGGUCUGAAUGAACCGCCAACGACGAGCUAUUUGCGCCGCCAUGUCAAGGCCCGGAAAGGCUUGAAAGAACUCCCUGCAAAGAUCGGACAUCUUCUAAUUCACCCACCUGGUUCCCAGGUCCCCAUAUCGAAUCGACCAAGCCCUUCAAACCUCGAAGAGACGCACUCGGACGCUGAUGAAAUUAGUCUUGUAUCGGAUCAGGAUGAUUUAAGCUACGAUAGUGAUGAGCCAUUAUCCCCCGUAAAAUCCUUGAGUGUGAGAAGACGACUAGUUGAUGACGAUAGGGAGUCCCUUGCUACAUCAUUUAAGGAGCUUGAAUCUAUAGACCUGAGCUUGCCUCAUCUACCACUUGAGUUGCCCCAUGCGUGCAAGUCCGAGGCGGACUUGCCACUCACCAAGUACUUUGCCGACCCGGAACCGCCACUUUUCUCACCAUCACUACCAGAUGAUCAGUUGAUAAUGGCGGCACAAAUUCUUACAGACCAAUUUUCUACUUCCACCUUUUCGACUACUACAACACCUCAACUGUUAGAAUCAAGAGUUUACCAGCGCCGCCAGCUUACCAAUCUCACACGGAGAUCGAUCCAGGAUGUUAAGUCCAGCCUUCCCCCAUGCCUUGCAACUGCUACGGAGUAUCAAUUUCGUCCCUUUAUUGAACUUCAAGAUGUACCCCUUCUCGGACAACCUACAAGAAUGCAACCAAGGCCACCGGGAGCCGACCAGAUGAGGCCAAGUAGUUUAUUCCAGAUCCCAUCGCCACAUUUUGAGUUGCGGCGAUAUGAGUCUAAGUUGUCUGUCUUGCCAUCUGCUGUCGCUUUCUGGGAGAGUCUUGGACUAAGUCCGUCUCCUGGAAAUAAAGACAUCAAUGCACUCUGUAUUUUUCCCAAUAACGAAGGCAUGGCAGAUGAUAUGCUUGUGUUCACAGAUCGAAUGCGUAGCAUUUACGAAUCAUUAAAACUGGGUUCAUUCAGCCGUCUUCCUACAACAUCCGGUGUAGAGAACGGCAUGUUUCCUUUCGCUUCCGAGAAAGACCUAAUCCCAUUCAGCAAGUCCUCAUCUUUUCUACGGCCCUCAAUAGCGAGCUGCGUUAAUAAAAUUUGUCAAGUGCUAGCAUCAAUGAUGGUUGAAGAGAUAAAUUUCGUCAUCUUCUUCGUCUAUUCGCCAGAUGUUGCUGGAUCGGCAGUAGAAUGCUGCGCUGCUUUCAACCAGAUCUUCGAGGGAUACAGAAGGAUACUUUCGAGUAAAAAGUUAUCAAUCGUUAACGAUCUAGCCCUACAACUAAUACCACAAGAUUUCAUAGCGUCUUCAUGUUCAGUCGCUAUGCCAUCUCCUUCUGAGUUUUGUAAACUGGCCAUGGAGACAUACGAUAGGUGUACUCAAUUUGGUGGAGCGGGACCAUCCCCGGCAAUAAUGCUUGAACAACCACCACCAAGGAUGAUCGAUUUCAAACUGACCACCAAUCCGUCCGCGUCGUUGUUACACGAGAACACUUGCCUCCACAUCGCUUAUGCGCAAAGCAUAGAUGGAAGGUGGGUUACAGCGGCUUGGACAGAUAAUAGGGGUAGCCAACAAAUGACGGCAUCAUACUGUCUAGGAAGAAAAGGAAAAUGUCUAUCGAGGCCAAUCGCGGAUGUUACGACAGAGAUCUGGGGUGCCACUCGUGACUUCAUCUCUGCUCGGAAAGUGCACUGGCGAAUCAUUAUCGCGAAAUCCGGUACGAUGGAACAGUCCGAGAUAGAACUCUGGUCUGCUCUAGCUCAAGCAGAGUCAAAAGCAUCGAUCAGCUUAACGCUGAUCGUAGUAGACACUGACCCAUCUAUGCAACUCCUCCCCCCGGCAGUUAAGAUAACAAGCAAUGCCUUAUCUGUAUUCUACACCACGCCGGUUUCAACGCCACAAGGGUCUAUGGUGUCGCCAGAGCAAAGCGGCAACCCACUUACGCCCAUGCGAGAGAAUGCACCUACAAGCACACCGACGCCCAGCGGGGACAACAAUCCAGAAGCCGAUAGUGACGCUACAUUAACCGAAAUCACCGAUCAAACGUGGGGUGCCGUCCUAUCCCACAGAUUGAACAACUCGACUUCCUUGACAGAGCUGAAUCCGGCACUAAUCAGUGGGUAUCUAGUAAAACGUGGUGGGACGCGAGUUGAAGACCCUCCUGUCCUCCUAGAGGUCAACCUAGUACAUAAUGAGGGGAACCCUCGAGCAUAUGAAUCUUUAUUAAGGGAAAUACUUACGUACUACCGAGGGCUCGGGACACUAGCUCGAGCGCGUGGCAUGGUAGGCAAGGAAACAGAUAUCCGGCCAUGGCAUAUUGCCGCGGCUGAGAAUGCGGUCAAAGCGUUAUACAUGUUGGUAUGACGUAGGUAGUCACUAUGGGCAAGAUGCCAUUACGUGUAGAAAUGACUAUUUGCCAGGUUGAGGCAGUUUGUUAGCAAUAUAAUAAGAUAUCAGCACCCAUGCUUCACUUCACGAACUAAGUACGGGCAUUAGAUAAAUAUUUCUGCG